UUUUUGCUUAUACUUCUGUUUUUGAAACGACGUCGAGAAGCGUACUUACCUCAGUGGCUACCAGAGCUCGCUUUGUGUAUCCUCUCUAAAUGGUAUCCACGGUCUUAACUACAGGGUGUAUAUCUACACUAAGUCCGUGAUGAAUGUGAUGGUAGGGGCUAGUAUGAAUUUUGCCCACAUUUUGCCUGUUGCUCCAUGCUAAUACGAAUUUUCCUACUCAUUGGGCCUUGUAUAGCUUGUUGACAUUUUGCUUUCUGCACCUCGUUUAAGUUAGUCUACGUUUUAAGAUAGUUUAUCGACUUGGACAAACAAAAUAUCCUCCUUUCACAUUACCAUUGCAUGAAGAAAGAAGUUACCAAACUUUUCGUUUAAACAUAAAGUCUUUUACGCCGCCACGAUGAAACGGUGCUCGAAUCGUUUAUUGAUAUUAUUACUUAUAGCCUUGCUUGGUUUUAUUUUGUUCGGCGUAAUAGCGGCUGCAAAAGGUGACGGACACUGCGAGUGCAUUGACUACGAUUGUGGCUGCUGUACCAAGUUACAAGUCAAAAAUGUGCUUGAUGGAAAUCUGUGUUCAAACUUUUCAUAUUUGCCAGAACAGUAUGGUUUGUCUGCUACAGUAACUUACAAAGAUACAGCUAUACUCAACAAAACAAUGUCAGCUAAGAAUCCACUGCCACUCUGCGUUGAAACUUUUGAUGAAUUGGGUAUGGAGUUUUGUCUACGAUUUUAUAAUCUUGACAUAAAAGACAAGUGUUUUUCAGGUUGCGUCGAAUUUGAGGUAUCAUUUUUCAAAGUCAUGGCUGUUAAAAAAAUAAAACUUGUUUGCUUUGGAUGCCAAAGUUACCAAACUUUCAUUACGGAAAUUCAUAGUGCUCUUAACGAAGCUCUCGAUCAUGUGAGGGGCAUAUCAAAUAACGAUACAGACAAGCAAAAGGUCUUAUUGUUAUAAAUUAAAUAUUACUACUUCGUCUAAAUCAUGUUUCGAAGUAUUCGUCAGACGAACAAAAUGUUAGUUUAUACAAAAAAAUAAUUUUUACGAAUGUAUGAAAUGAAAAUAAGCAUAUAUAUUUGCAUUUAUUUCGUACAUCUACUAUAUCGAGGGACAUUAGACCUGCUACGAUAAUAUGAUAUUGAGUUUAUAUUCUGCUGAUAAAGGCGAAAACUGAUGUAGACUCGGCAUUCCAUUCCAGGUAUAUCUUUAAUUACAAAGAACCGUUUCUGUAAUGGACGAUCCCCUUUUUUAACUUUGGAAAGCUAUUAUAAGCGAAGAAAGUCAAUUCUAACAAUGUAAAAAAUUAAUUUAUCAAGUUUUGUUGCCUUUAGCAUAGUUUUGCAUUUAUUGAUAGUAACAAAAAAACCGGAAAAAAAUGACAUACGAUACUUGUAUCAUAAGUUGUCCUUUAGAUCAUUGUUUUUAAAUAUAUAAGUAGAUUAAUAAAGAAAAUGACCAUUAUGUAUUUAAAUUAUCAUAGUAAAUCAGUGCUAAAUAUAACAAAGGUAGUCGGUCUAUCACAACCAUUACGUUCACUGAUCCUAGCUUCUUCAAGAUAAUUAUAGUCAAUUAUAAGACACGAUUGGGUGCAUAUAAUUUUCAUGAGACGCAGAGCAACUAUGAUAUAUUAAGACUCGGGAUUCCCUGCCGUCCGAUCACAUUUUUACGUGAUAAAAACAGAGGGGAUUCCCCGAGAUUACGUGACUUUUUUACGAUAGCUCGAGUUUUGUCGAGAAAGUAUCUAUGCUAAUUAUAACUUGAAUUUUUACGCGCAAAUUAAAAAGCGUUUACAAUAAUUUUAUGAUCUUUGUUUGUAAAAGAGUUCCAAUAUAAGUCUGAUGGUAAAAUGUAUAACUUACACCCACGCGAUUGUUUGCGAAUAGGUAAAACGGAAGAUAAUCCUACUUUUACUAGUUACCUUUACUAGAUACUUCCUACUUUUUUGUAUAUUUUAUUAUAGUGAUGAUAAAACAAAUAAAGUACAACAAAAUUUUUCUAUCAAUAU